CUGAAGCUCGAUGAGGGACGGAGGAGAAGGGAUUGUUCAGUAUCAACGCAGGAAGAAGCCACGAGGGAGAUAGUGGCUGUGGAACAUCUGAUUUUCUGACAAGUAAUCUUAUUACAUUCAGAGACAGAGACAAACAUGCACACCGGCAUAAAAAUCAGAAUGGAUGCGUUGGCCCUCUGUCUGUGCUGCAUUUUGAGUGGGAAUGUGUUUGGUUAUGAAUACGGAGAGGAGUAUCAAGAUUCCUAUUAUAAUUCAAUCUCUAAUGGUGAGCCAAGACCCACCCAAACCCCCUGUCAAUCACAGGAUCUCACACGCUGGAAUAACCUGUUUACCAUGCUGGAAAACUCUGAGAUGAAAGACAACAUGCUCCUGCAACACACUGAAGAUAUGGCGGGGCAGAUGGACGGCAUCCGGAAAGAGCUCAAGCACAUUUCCAACAACAAAGCAUGCGUCCAAGCCAUAGAGAACACCUGCAAAUGUAUAAACGAGCAGAUGAACCUCAAGCUGGAACAAGCCGUGAAGCACCUCAGAGAGGUCGCAGAUAAGUAUCAAGCCCAAAACAGUGAGAAACUAGAUCAGCUCAUCCAAUUCGCCAGGAACCAAGCCACCCGGUUCACCAAACUUGAGAGCAGAGUAGGUUCGGGUCAGGUGGCCAUGAAAGCUUUCCCCGCGUACCCAAAGGAGCAAGAGUCAAGCGGUACGGCUGGCGGGAAGCUCGAGAGAACCCUUCAAAUGAUACAUAUGCAGUUGGCUUCUUCCCAAAGAGCAACUGCACACCGCUAUCUGCCCUCAGGCUGCGAAAUGGCCAUCUUAUUUCCAAUGCGUUCCAAACACAUCUUUGCAGAGGUGACGCCAUCCACAUCCUUCUCACGGUCACUCACAAUCUGCCUGUGGGCAAAGGUGACCCAGGCUCUGAACAGAACGGUGCUUUUCUCUUACGGCACUAAGAAAAUCCCACAAGAGCUCCAGCUUCUUGUAGCAAAGCGCUCUUUGAUGCUCACGGUGGGCGGUGAGACCCAUCUAGUGGAAGCUGAUGGGAUAGUAACAGAUGGGCAGUGGGUACACGUGUGUGCCGCCUGGAGCUCAGAACAGGGACUGGCUUCUUUGUGGAUGAACGGAGAGAAAGUGGCCAGCGUCCCUGGCGUAGCCGAGGGCCACGUUUUGCCCGGAGAUGGAUUCAUCCUGCUCGGACAGGAGCGCAGCCGGUCGGUGAGUUAUCAGGAUGUGGACUCAUCGGUUGCUUUCACCGGAAAGAUGACAGGGGUGAACGUGUGGGACCACGUGCUGGAGCCAGAAAGGAUUAAAGAGUACGCCAAUCCGGAGGGAUCAUGUGAUAGUCGCGGGAAUGUGAUCGGAUGGGGCGUGUCAGAGAUCAUUCCACAUGGAGGCGCUCAAUAUGUCAACUGAUACCGAACUCUAUAUUCUCAUAACAAUUCUGUACAUUAAGAGGUUUUAUAUUGUAUAUUAUCAAUGAUUUUGUAUUGACCUCAGUAUAUUAUAAUACUGCUUUGCAGUAAUCCAAACAAAGGGAGCUGCUAUCAAAACUUAAAACAGUGGACACAAAACUCGUUUUAAUAGACUUCAUUCUUUUUUAUUGCAACAAUUGCAUUGACAUGCCACUAAAUUUUGUUGAAAGUGUGGAAAGCUAAUAAAUGUUAGCGGUGUGGCUCACUUAGCCUUAUUAAUGAGCUACAAAUAGCAGAACAGCUUUUCUGUUCUUCCAAAACAUACAUUUGAAUGACUUAAGGUGGGGCGAGUCUGGACUGAAGCGUGUCGGACAUGACUGUUUACAUUGUUCACCGGUAAUUUGAAACAGAUUGUUCCUCUCGUGUAGUUUAGUAGGGGUUUACGAUGUUCGGUUGGCUUUUUGCUGCAUAGGUGAUGCUGGAAUUUGACUGUAUUGCCAGACCUCCAGUCUGACCACAAACAGUUCAAAAUAAACUCAAGCAAGGCGUGUGCUUAAACCAGAGUCCCAGCAACUCAACUAUGAAAUUACACAUCAAAUGUAUUUUAAAGCAAGCUGUACUUUCCAGUGGUGAUAGCGGUAGAAGUUCAAACUAGUCCACCCACUUUUGAAAAUAAAGGUGCUUAAAAGGUCCUCACAGCGAUGCCAUAGAAGAACCAUUUUUGGUUCCACAAAGAACCAUUCAGCCAAAGGUUCUCUGAUACUAUAAUCUGAACUUUUUCGAAUGUUAAAGGUUCUUUAUGGAACCAAAAUGUUCUUCUGGCAUCUUUUAAGAGUGUAUAUAUAUACACACCACCAUUCAAAAGUCUGGGUCAUUAACUCAUUUCUUAUUUAUAUUUGACCACAUUUUAUAGAACUAUUGAAUAACAAAUGGGAAUCAUGUUAUGACUCCAAACUCCCAAAUCCGAAUUUAAUCUAUCUUUUUUAUUUAUCACCUAUAGUAUCUAUAUAGUAUAAUCCAACAUCUUAGCCAUUCUUACAAGUAGCCACUAGUCACCCUUUGCCUGCCAAGACUCCAAUUUAAAGACCCCAGACUACAACAGCGUAGACCUACUCGCAUGUUUAUUUGAGAUGUACAAAACAAAAGUGUUACAAAUGGUGUCAGAACUAUUCUACAUACAGAUUUAAAUCCCCAACAAAACACAAGGUUACAAUCUCUAAAAGGGUGCUAGAAAAGGUUUUUAUUGCCAUGGAAGAACUAUUUUUGGUUACCCAAAUAACUAUUCUUUAAAGAACCGUUUUUUUUUUCUUUUCAUAGUCUAAAGAGUCUUUUUUCCUCUACAAUAAACCGCUUCUUAUGCACGUUUUUAAUCAGUGUAUGACAAUGUUCAAUAUAUUGAAUGUGCACAUUAUCGACUGAGUGAGUUUCAAAUGUACAAUAAAAAUGUUU